UCACUGACAAGAUCUGUCCUCUAGACAUGGCACUGGCCCUCCUUAGUCCCCAGCCCUGUGGCUACACACAGGUGCAGACAGCCUAGACACGGGAACCUCUAGCCUGUGCCGUGGCCCUGACCCAGGUGCAGAUGGCCCCUACCAUGGAUGCAGAGGAUAUGGUGUCCCCUGCUGUGGACCUGGUGCUGGGUGCCUCAGCCUGCUGCCUGGCCUGCGUAUUCACCAAUCCCCUAGAAGUGGUGAAGACUCGGUUACAGCUGCAGGGGGAACUGCAGGCCCCAGGCACCUACCCACGGCCCUACCGGGGCUUUGUGUCUUCCGUUGCAGCCGUCGCCCGGGCAGAUGGGCUGUGGGGCCUGCAGAAGGGGCUGGCCGCUGGCCUUCUCUACCAGGGCCUCAUGAACAGUGUCCGUUUCUACUGCUAUAGCCUGGCAUGCCAGGCUGGCCUCACUCAGCAACCAGGUGGUACCGUGGUCGCAGGCGCUGUGGCUGGGGCAUUGGGAGCCUUUGUGGGAAGUCCUGCUUACCUGGUCAAGACCCAGCUCCAGGCCCAGACAGUGGCUGCUUUGGCGGUGGGACAUCAGCACCAGCAUCAGAGUGUCCUGGGUGCCUUGGAGACCAUCUGGCGCCAGCAGGGCCUGCUGGGGCUGUGGCGGGGUGUGGGUGGGGCUGUGCCCCGAGUCACAGUGGGCUCAGCUGCCCAGCUGGCCACCUUUGCCUCUGCUAAGGCUUGGGUACAGGAGCGACAGUGGUUUUUGGAGGACAGCUGGCUGGUGACCCUGACUGGAGGCAUGAUCAGCAGUAUAGCUGUGGCUGCAGUUAUGACUCCCUUCGACGUGGUCAGCACUCGGCUAUACAAUCAACCGGUGGACAGAGCUGGCAGGGGACAGCUGUACGGGGGCCUGGCUGACUGCCUGGUAAAAAUCUGCCAACAGGAGGGACCCCUCGCACUCUACAAGGGCCUAGGCCUCGCCUAUCUUCGCUUGGGUCCCCACACCAUCCUCAGCAUGUUCUUCUGGGAUGAGCUGCGGAAGCUGGCUGCAAGGGCCCAACGCUGA